CAACCCAACCUGUCUUUUUCCAAUUGACGCAAAAAAGCAAGUCAAACCAUACAUACAUACAUUUCAACCCAUCCCUCAACUCAAAUUUCCAAUCAUAAUUUGUACUACACAUACCAUUUAAUCUCAUUUCAACUCUGUACUACACUCCUCCUCAGAAGUACAUUCAAUUUCAUUAUUAACGCACGCAUUUACACCCACCACACCACUUGUAAUUCAGAAAGCAUGGAGGGGGUUUCAAUAACCGAAUCCGACACACCGGAGCAGAUUCCGGUGAGAACACCACCGUGGCAACAGCACAUAACUGUUCGAGGAGUGGUGGCGAGUUUAUUGAUCGGGAUUAUGUACAGUGUGAUUGUAAUGAAGCUUAAUUUAACAACUGGGCUUGUUCCAAAUCUCAACGUUUCAGCUGCUCUUCUCGCGUUUGUGUUUAUCCGAACGUGGACCAAGAUGCUCCAUAAAGCCGGUUUCACAACCACGCCCUUUACCCGACAGGAGAACACCAUUAUUCAGACAUGUGCGGUUGCUUGUUACAGCAUUGCUGUUGGAGGUGGAUUUGGGUCUUAUUUGUUGGGGUUGAACAAGAAGACAUAUGAGCAAGUAGGGGUAGAUACAGAAGGGAAUUCACCUGGGAGUUACAAAGAACCUGGGAUUGGUUGGAUGACUGGUUUUUUGUUUGUCACAAGUUUUGUUGGCCUCUUGGCUUUGGUUCCCCUUAGAAAGAUUAUGAUCAUAGAUUAUAAAUUGACAUACCCAAGUGGCACAGCUACAGCUGUGCUCAUCAAUGGUUUCCACACUCCCAAAGGAGACAAGAUGGCCAGGAAGCAAGUAGUCGGGUUUGCGAAAUUCUUCACGGGUAGUUUCGCCUGGGCUUGUUUCCAGUGGUUCUAUUCGGGUUCGGGCAAAUGCGGAUUCACAUACUUUCCUACAUUCGGGUUAAAAGCUUAUGCAAACUCGUUUUAUUUUGAUUUUAGCAUGACAUACAUAGGGGCAGGAAUGAUAUGUUCACAUCUUGUGAAUUUGUCGCUGCUUGCCGGGGCCAUAUUAUCUUAUGGAGUAAUGUGGCCACUAAUCGGUGACCGGAAAGGCCAUUGGUUUCCUUCUAGCUUACCAGAAAGUAGCAUGAAGAGUCUAAAUGGUUACAAGGUUUUCAUUUCGAUCGCGCUUAUCCUAGGAGACGGGCUUUACAAUUUUCUCAAGAUCACUUUUUUCACAGCUAGAAACAUAUAUUCCACCUCAAGAAACAACCCUAAAACCAACCAAGAUGACAAUAAUCAACCUCAAGAUAAUCUGCAACGAAACGAGGUGUUCUUGAGAGAAAGCAUCCCGUUUUGGGUUGCAGCGGUUGGUUAUAUCGCCUUCUCUAUCGUCUCCAUAAUCAUCAUCCCGAUCAUGUUUCCCGAGCUCAAAUGGUAUUAUGUUCUCGUAGCCUAUGUAAUCGCACCAUCGUUGGGCUUUUGUAAUGCUUAUGGUGCGGGACUAACGGACAUGAACAUGGCCUAUAACUAUGGAAAAGUUGCACUUUUCGUGCUCGCUGCAAUGUCGGGAAAAGAUAACGGUGUGGUUGCGGGUUUAGUUGGGUGCGGUUUGAUUAAAUCCAUCGUCUCAAUAUCAUCCGACUUAAUGCAUGAUUUCAAGACGGGCCAUUUGACCAUGACUUCACCACGGUCAAUGCUGGUUAGUCAAGCUAUCGGGACAGCCAUCGGGUGUGUAGUGGCCCCGCUAACUUUCUUUCUUUUUUAUAAAGCGUUUGAUGUCGGAAAUCCCGAUGGUGAAUAUAAAGCUCCUUACGCUAUAAUCUACCGAAACAUGGCAAUUUUAGGCGUGGAAGGGUUUUCCGCACUGCCACAGCAUUGCUUACAGUUAUGUUACGGGUUUUUCGCGUUUGCCAUGAUGGCAAACCUGGUGCGUGACACGUCAUCGAAGAAAGUUGGGGAGUGGGUCCCGUUACCUAUGGCGAUGGCGGUACCGUUUCUAGUGGGGGCUUAUUUUGCUAUUGAUAUGUGUGUGGGAAGUUUGGUUGUGUUUGUUUGGCAUAAGGUUAACAAGCAAAAGGCGAAUUUGAUGGUGCCUGCUGUUGCUUCUGGUUUGAUUUGUGGUGAUGGAUUAUGGAUUCUUCCUUCAUCAAUACUUGCAUUGGCUGGGGUGAAUCCUCCAAUUUGUAUGAACUUUUUGCCUACAAAAAACUAAUGAGUUUAGGAUUAACAUGUAAUGUAAAGAUAGGAAUUGUAAUAAACACAAAACUGUCAUGGUCUAGUUGUAUUCUAGUGUCCGGGCCGUUUGGUUCACUUCACAUGUUCGUGCUAAAUACAAGUGACCUAAAUGAAACAAUAUUGAAACUUGAUUA